GGAUGAUAUGACCAUGUAUUUACGGGCAGAAAAUUUGGGUUGCCUUGUGUUUCAAUUUCAUGAUUAUCUUCCAUUACUGGAUACAAAUAAAUCAAUCUUUCUCAUCUUUGUUGUUGUUCUGAUCUGACCAAUUAAGCAAUGGGAUUUAGAUUCUACAAUUUCAACACCAUUUACAGGAGCUACAUCUCCACGCUGUCCACAAAAUCCAACAGAACCUACUAUCACCCCAUUUUCCAAUCGCUAAAUUCCCAAUUUUCUAGCCCUUCUUCAAAUUUCUCUAAUCAACAUUACCUCAAGAUCCCUGUUAGGUGGCAUUUAGGUCAUGCCCAUGACCACCACGACCACCGCCACCAGUUCUCGGGAAAAGAGGCCGAGAAUAUUUUCCGGCUUGGUCUCUUCUCCGAUAUUGGAUUGGCAAUUGGCAAAGCUUUGACUGGAUACGUAUCGGGAAGUACUGCCAUUAUUGCUGAUGCUGCCCAUUCCAUAUCCGAUGUGGUUCUCAGUGGGAUUGCAUUGUGGUCAUUCAAAGCGGCAAAUGUUCCUAAAGACAAAGAACAUCCAUAUGGACAUGGUAAAUUUGAAACUCUGGGAGCUCUUGGAAUCUCAUGUAUGCUUUUGGCAACUGCUGGCGGUAUUGCAUGGCAUGCUUUAGACAUUUUGCUUGGUUUGACGUCUACUGCUCCUGAAGUAGGCAAUCAUGUCAAUGAGCAUAGCCAUCAUCAUGGAAUUGAUAUGGAUCACCCUAUCCUAGCUUUGACCAUGAUUCUUUUAUCAAUAUCUGUUAAAGAAGGGCUUUAUUGGAUAACAAAACGAGCUGGGGAAAGGCAAGGAAGUGGACUGAUGAAAGCAAAUGCAUGGCACCAUCGUGCUGAUGCUAUUUCGUCGGUUGUUGCUCUUAUUGGGGUUGGAGGCUCUGUACUUGGAGUUAAGUUUCUAGAUCCCCUGGCUGGACUAGUUGUCUCUGGCAUGAUCUUCAAAGCUGGACUGGAGACUGGGUAUCUGAGUGUCUUGGAACUUGUGGAUGCUGCAAUCCCAGCAGAAUAUUUGGCCCCUAUGAGGCAAACAAUACUAAAAGUCGAAGGAGUCAAGGGAUGCCAUCGUUUGAGGGGAAGGAGGGCUGGUUCAUCUCUGUACCUUGAUGUACAUAUUGUGGUUGAUCCAUUUUCUAGUGUUAGUGCUGCUCAUGCAAUCGGAGAAAAUGUUCGUGAUCAUAUUCAUAAGUCUCAUCCUGAAGUAUCUGAAGUUUUCAUACACAUAGAUCCUGAAUUUUUACAAUUAUCUCCAAGUAUGAUGGACCAGCAAGAAAGUCUCAAGGGAACUUCAGAUCAAAAGGAUAAUAUCUAUGAGGACUCAGAUAUUGAAGCUAUUGUUCAUAAUAUUUUCUCGUCAAAGUUCCAAGAGAAUAUCGUGGUUGAGCGUAUAACUCACCACUUGUUGCAAGGCAGGAUUUUUCUCCAAAUUGAAGUCUCCAUGCCUGCCGACAUUUUGAUUAGUGAUCACAGGGAUGCAAUGAAAAUGGCAGAAGAAGCAGAACAGGAGAUUUUAAAGGCAACUUCUAAUGUUUUUCAAGUAAGUUUACAGCUAAGAUUGGGGCGCCCAAUCCCACUGAUUCAUUGUGAAUAGGGGGAAAAAACAAACAGAGAGGGAAAUACUCAUAAUUUUAAAUAUAUGGCAUUGAAAGAUACAGCUAUUGGUUUGUUGUAGUAGAGCAUCUUAAUGUUACGUUAAUACUUCUCAUUGAUCAUCUCCCAUGGGGAGGUGCCAACAACGAGAAAUGACAGCAACAUUCCAAAUUUUUGGUUGGGUUGCAAUAAUGAGAUAAAAGGUUUCAGUCUUCAUGAACUGGAUCCUUUAUUUUAA